AUGGUCCUGGUCAUCAAUCGUAUGGUGCUGGCAGCUGUCAUCCUGGCUUCAAUUUCAGGGAGCCUUGCUCAAGAAUCCUACCUAUUCACAGAUGAGCCUCUCGAAGCAACCACUUGUGCGCCAUAUACCUGCAAGACUUCGAAACAAACCUUCACCUCAGAGACCUGCGUGUUUUACGACACUACAUCAAACACUUACUACUCUAAAUCUGGAGCAUGCAGCUCUAAAACAUACUGCUCACCAGGCAAUCUACCUGCCAACUAUACUUGCGUAAACAAUCCAGCAACAGUAGGCAUGGCCAAAAUCGGAGAAUAUUGCUCAGUUGUCAGCGACUGCUAUAGCACCGCAGUCAGCACUUAUGCUUCAGCUUGCACCAGCAGCGUUUGUGUUGCACAGGCAGGCCAUUCAUGCCUUACCAACGGCGUAAGAGACGAUUUAUGGUGCCCAGCAGGACAAUACUGCAGUGUAGUUACAGCUGAUGGCACAACUACAGGCACUUGUGUAGCCCAAUUGACAGUAGGAUCAACCAAAUGCACAAGUAAUUCGGAUUGUGUCAACAACGCAUACUGCGAUAAGACUGCUGCUGCAGCAACCGGAACAUGUGUUGAAUUACUCUCAGUCAAGGCAGGAACCCAAGUCCAGACCUGCGCUAUUACUCAAGUUGAUGGCACAGUAGGCCAAAAUCUUCUCUGUGAAUCAACCGUCUGCGGAACUGUAGGUGGAGUCUACAAGUGUCUUGAUUCAGUAAAGAGCGACGACAGUGUCCCAAUGAAAUGCACAAGCACAGGCAACUAUGAUGCUAAAUGUGUAACCAAAAAAGACAGCAUCUCAGGCGCAUCACUCACGAAUAUGUGCGAAUGUGGAAACAAUAAAGCUGGCGACGCUUAUUGCAACCUCAGCCCUGGUGACAGCCACUUCCAGUCUUACUUGAAAUAUACAAAGAAGUGGCUCUCAAGCUCUGGAAUAAAUAAAUGCAACACUGAAGGAAGAUUAGACUCAUUAUGCCAGCAAGCAUGGUGGGACAAGAGCAACAUUCAAGCUUGGACUUACUAUUACUUGCUUAUUAAUAACUAUCCAGCUGUCGUAAACGCAGAAGACUGUGUUCUAGAAAAUGUGGUUGCAGCCUAUAAAGCAGCUAAGGAUGCCUAUGAUAGCUCAGCAGCUUUCUUCACUCUCUCAGCUUUAGUCUUAGCAGCAUUUGCCUAA